UACCAAUACUGGAAGAAGAUGUCUGUUGCAGGAGCAGAGAAAGAACCAGCGGCGGACGAUCGGUCAACUUCAAGUCAAUCUCAAUCCCCAAAUUUCCAGAUUUUCUUUCCAAACCCAAACUCUGUUCUUAAUCCCUCUGUUUAAUCUCACAUAAUUUCAGCUCAAUUUCCUCUUCCAGAUAAGAACCCCCACGUACGCCCACUCCACAUUCACCUCUUCUUCUUCGAUUAUCCAUUUCCCUGCCCAGAUCUCUCGACAACCUCUGAUCUUCAUGUUUCUUCGCUAAGACAAACCCGAAAAACCCAUUUGGGGUUGUCGGAUUUUCUGUUUUUCUCUGAUUCUUUGCUGUUUAUACCGUUUUUCUUUGAUGGGUUGCGCCACUUCCAAGCUCGACGACCUCCCUGCCGUAGUACUCUGUCGCGACCGUUGCGCUUUUCUUGACGAAGCGAUUCGGUUUCGCCACGCGUUCGCUGAGGCUCAUACGGCGUAUAUUCUCUCUCUCCAAGCGGUUGGGAAAUCUCUGCACAAUUUUAUUGAACCGGGUUAUGUUUAUUCUGAGCCCUCUUCUUCGCCUAACCUCAAGCUUCCUAAUCAGAGAAAGGGCGACUCUGAUCUUCAACCUUCUAAUUCCCCUCUCCAUCGUUUAUCUCACUCCAAUUCCAGUUCCCAUCUCCAUUUACCCUCCGAUUCCGACGAUGAUUCCAGUUCCCUUCACCAUUCCGAUCACUCUUCGCCGUUGCACCAGACCCACGGCGAUUUUCUUGACUACCCAGAUGGGAAUUGCGGUGGUUUUGUAUCCAGCGGUGGCGGUUUUGUGCAGAUGAACUAUAUGAAGAACAAUGCGAUGCAGUCGGUGGUGCAUCAACAGAUGCCAAUUAAUACAGAGAGGGUUUAUCAAAUGGGUGAAUCUGCCUCUUCCUCUGGUUAUUAUCCUUAUCCGAAUAAUGGGUAUUCUAAUUAUGGCGGUGGUUAUGGUGGAUAUUACGGUUCUUCGUCAUCGAAGCCACCACCGCCGCCGCCUUCUCCGCCGAGAAUCUCCGCUUGGGAUUUCCUUAACUUCUUUGAAACUCCGGCUGUGGGGAACUACUACGGCAGCUACACGCCGGGGAGGGAUCCGAGAGAAGUGAGAGAGGAAGAGGGAAUUCCGGAAUUGGAAGAUGUACGGUAUUACCAACCGGUGGUUGUGAAGAAGGUACACGGCGACCAUAACUUCGCCGAGGAUAGCGGCGGGAAGUACUCUAAAGCGGCCGUGGACGACCCAUUAAAGGUAGUUAACAAGAACGUCGCCGCCGCGGCUUAUCAGACGAAGCCCAGCGCUACAGUGGAAGAUUCCGUGCAAUAUGAGAUGGGAGUUGUUAAUAAGAAGCUUGAGGGCCAUGGCAAUGGAGCUCCUUCUAGCUCUGCAGCACUCAAAAGGGGAGGUGGUUCAAGGGAUGUUUAUGAAGUGGUGAAAGAAAUUGAAGCUCUGUUCAAAAAAGCCUCAGAGUUCGGAGAUGAAAUCGCCAAGAUGUUGGAAAUGGGUCAGCUCCCUCAUCAACGUAAACAUGCAUUCUUGGCUCGACCGCCCGCUUCACGGCAGAGGGCCAAGCCCUCUGCUAUGGCUGGUGCUGCUGCUGAAGUCGUCUUUGUUGAGGAUAUUGGUAUGAGAUCUGGAAAUCUUUCAGCUACCUUGAAGAAAUUGUAUAUGUGGGAGAAGAAACUUUAUAAUGAAGUGAAGGGAGAGGAAAAGAUGCGGAUGAGCCACGAGAGGAAGCGACGUCAGCUCAAACGUUUGCACGAGAGAGGUGCCGAGGCUAAGAAAGUUGAGGCCAUUCAAACAUCCAUAAAUACGUUGUCGACGAACUUGAAAAUUGCGAUUCAGGUGGUCGAUAAGAUUUCCGAGACGAUAAAUAAGAUUCGGGAUGAAGAACUGUGGCCACAAGUUAACGAACUGAUUCAAGGGUUAACCAGGAUGUGGAAAGGUAUGCUCGAAUGCCAUCAUGCUCAGUUCCAAGCGAUUAAAGAAUCGCAUGGUUUAGGUCAUAUUAGAUCAGGUGGAAAGCCUAGUGAUUUCGAUCUUCGAGUGACGUUGCAACUCGAUCACGAGCUUAUUAGCUGGACAACUAGUUUCUCAGGUUGGAUAAGCGCCCAGAAAAACUUCAUGAGAUCCUUGAACAAUUGGCUGCUGAAAUGUCUUCUGUAUGAGCCUGAAGAAACACCUGAUGGGUUCGUUCCUUUCUCACCGGGCAGGAUUGGUGCACCACCCAUCUUUGUAAUCUGCAACCAGUGGUCACAAGUACUUGACAGAUUCUCUGAGAAGAAGGUAGUUGAUUCUAUGCACGUGUUUGCUAAGAGCGUUCUUCAAAUAUGGGAGCAUGAUAAGCAAGAAGUGCGAAAGACGAUGAUAACGAACAAGGAUCUCGAAAGGAAAGCGAAAAGAAUCGAUCGAGACGACCAAAAGUUGCAGAAAAAGAUACAGGCAUUGGACAAGAAACUCAUUAUGGUCACUGGACAUGUGCAAGGAGAUGGCACUAGCAGCUUGCAGGCAGGUCUGCAGUCCAUUUUCGAGGCGCUCGAGAGGUUUGCAACUGACUCCAUGAAAGCUUACGAGGAGCUUUUGCAACGGAGCGCCGAAGAGAGUGCCAAGACAAGAGUAUGAAGAAGGUCACUUGUUUCUUGUGAUUUGAAUCAUCAUUAUACUGCCAAUGACAACACCAUCAAAAAGUUCGACUGGAACUCCGACUGUAACAGCCCAAGUCUAUUGCUAACCGAUAUUGUUAUUUUUGUGCUCUUCCUUUCAAACUUUCCUUCAAGGUUUUAAAAUGCGUUUGGUAGGUAGAGGUUUCCACCUCUUAUAAAGAAUGUUUUGUUCCACUGUCCAACCGAUAUGGGAUCUCACAAUCCCACAUUGAGCCAGACACUGGUGUCUAUGCUGAGUCUCGAAAGGACGGGGACUGUGAGAUCCCACAUUAGUUGGAGAGGGGAACAAAGCGUUCUUUACAAGGGCGUGGAAACCUCUUCUCCUAGCAAACAUGUUUUAAAACCUUGAGGGAAAGCUCGGAAAGAAAAGUCUAAAGAGGACAAUAUCUGCUAGCGGUAGUUUAGGCUGUUACAUCGACCAUAUUACUCCACGGACUGAAGUAACCAACUUGGUUGCAGAUCAUGCAGUCCCUACAUAUCACAUUUGAAAUGGCAGUUGCUGUUACAUUCUGCAGACAGACUCAGAAACUCAACACAACACAAGGUGUCUGCCAUUGACCGAACUUAACAGUGUUCGGUUUUUCAGUCGGGAGGGUUACAAAAGCCGUGGCUAUCAGUCGAGGCCGGGCUGAUGUAUCUGCACACAAGAAAGAAGAGGAAGAAGAAGAAGAAGAAGAAGAAGAUGAGGCAGUGCAGUGGAGUGCAGCUGAAAAGGACAGACAUUAUGAGUCACGAGAGCUUAGGCAAAGAAAUGAAUGUGAAAAGGAAAGCUGUAAUAACAUUGAAUCUCUGUGUCCCUCAAUUAUUUGAUGGUUUUGUGCAGUUUUUGUGGAUACAAACAAACAAAACCAGACAUGGUUUGGCUUUGGAAUAAUUUUUUAACCUUCAU